AUGAGCGAAGGCAUCACAACUCACGAGAGCGUGUUCCAAGUCCCAGUCGACCCGAGCAUCAUCCCAUGGUCGUACCGUGGCGCGUACCUCUGCCUGGCGACUCGGGCCGGAGAUGGUGGUGAACUCACGCCAGGUCAAGAUGCCUAUCUGAUCUCUCACAACUAUGGCUUUGGACUCCCCUUGUUCUCACUUCGGCCGCUGGUCAGUCAAUCGCUACCUCUGCCACCUACAGGAUUCCCGACGACUCCGUCUGGCGUCGAUCUCGCGGCCACACCGAGCCUCUUCACUUGGUCAUACGAGGAAAACACGAUGGCCGAGGCUACUUUUGUAAAUUACCGAACAAUCAGAGUCAGAGGCACGGUAGACAUGUCUUUCGAUACCGAAGGAAAGCUGGAUGUAGAUCACUGGCGAAACUGGCUCCAUCGUGUACCCCCUAAUGACGAAGAAGCCAGAGAGGUUAUCGAAUACACUUGCUUGCCUAAUGUCGCUCUGAACUUCAUCGUUGUCUCCGGCAAGGCAGAGUUGUUCAAUGGUGCUCCUUACAACAGCACAUUCAAGGACAAUAGUCGUCGUCUCUCAAUUACCAGGACAAACGGGCAUCCGCACUGGGAAAUGCUGAUCGUCGAGAAAGAGACAGAGAGGAGCGACCCACUUCCCUUAGACGCCGGGCUUGAUGCGAGUGAGCCGUUCGAAUCUUCGGUCGAAACCAUGGCAGCCAAUUUCAGAGAAUAUGCCACUGAGCUAAGCCCCUGGGGCCUGGAACAGACGACACCUGCGGACAUGCUCGCCUCCUACGUCGAGUGGACAUCGACUAUCCGACCGGCCGGGUUCCUGAAAUCGGAGACUGUGCUCAUGUCAAAAUUGUGGAUGAACAAGAUCUGGUCAUGGGAUAAUUGUAUCAAUGGCCUGGCAUUGGCUUCCGCCUCUAUGGCUAGAGCCCUUGGCCAAGUCUUCCUACCGUUCGAUCACAUCACACCAGAGGGCAGGCUACCGGAUUCAAUCAUGCGCAACGAGGUUUUGUACGACUAUACCAAGCCACCUAUCUACGGAUGGACGAUGUUCAAGCUCAUGGAACUGCAAGGGUCGAAAGAUCCCCUCAGUGAGCCAGAUUUCACCCUUUUGGGUCAAGACAAUCUGCCGAUGAUAUACGACAACAUCUGUACCAACACCGAUUUCUGGUUCAAACGGCGAAGGACGUCAAUCUCAAAGCUACCUUACUACGUUCAUGGCAACGACAGCGGAUGGGACAAUGCAACUUGUUUCGAUCGACAGACCGUCACAGUGUCUCCUGAUCUAGCGGCCUUCUUGGUCAUUCAGGCCGAUUUCCUGGCCAAGCUCGCCGAGGUCCUGGGACAUGAGGAACAAGCUCACUCCUGGGCCAAAUUGAAGCAGACGACGCUCAACGCUUUGGUCAAUGAAUUAUGGGAUGGGAAAGCUGAGGCAUUCGCGUUUAAAGACGCUUACAAUGGGGAGACGUGGACCUCGACCAGUCUGCUCAGCUUCAUGCCCGUAGUUGCGGCCUCAUACCUGCCCUCCGAAAUCGUUCAAAGCCUGGUGCGAGGGAUAGAGGGUCAUCUGACCAGGUGGGGUCUGGCAACUGAACAUCCUGAGUCUACACUAUACGAGCCUGAUGGAUAUUGGCGAGGACCAGUUUGGGCGCCGUCGACAAUGCUGCUCGAAUCCGGCGUCCGGCUUGCAAGAGCCAACAAAUUGGCGGAUACAAUCCGAAGCAGAUUUAUCAGUCUCUGCGAAGAGAACGGAUUUGCAGAGAACUUUGACGCCAAAACGGGACAGGGCAACAGAGAUUUGUCCUACACCUGGACAGCGUCGGUAUACCUGGUCUUCAGGCGAGAGGCGUCGGUUUCUUCAGAUGGGCGAGACAAGUGA